GCCUGCAUUCUGCUCUAGACGGGGGGCGUGUACACGAGAUCAUUUUAUGUCAGAUUAUUAUUGUCUGUAUACACUAUAUGUAGCCUAACAUAUCUAGUUGCCAGUUCGUUUUAAAUCCGCUUUGCCGCCGCCAAACAACGUCUGGAGAAACGCGUUUACCAAACCCUGCACAGAGCAUCAAUCGGACAUCUCUCUCCUGAGAUAAAUCAACCAGCAUGGGAUAUUUAAAACUGAUCGAGAUUGAAAAUUUCAAAUCUUACAAAGGACGUCAAAUAAUCGGACCGUUUCACAAAUUUACGGCAAUAAUCGGCCCAAAUGGAUCCGUUUAUUUCAAAAUGUUGUUUAAAGCAAAUGAAUGAGAAAAAAGGGAAGUCAAACCUUAUGGAUGCCAUCAGUUUUGUAUUAGCAGAGAAGACCAGUAACCUGCGUGUUAAAACCCUGAAGGACCUCAUCCAUGGAGCACCAGUGGGAAAACCAGCGGCCAACCGUGCCUUUGUGAGCAUGGUGUACUGCGAGGACAAUGGAGAUGAAUGCACCUUCACACGAGUCAUCAUUGGUUCCUCCUCAGAGUACCGAAUCAACAACAAGGUGGUCGGGCUUUCAGACUACAGCGAGGAGCUGGAAAAACUGGGUAUCCUAAUUAAGGCCAGAAAUUUUCUUGUGUUCCAGGGUGCAGUGGAGUCCAUAGCCAUGAAGAAUCCCAAAGAGAGGACCACUUUGUUUGAGGAGAUCUCCCGUUCUGGUGAGCUGGCCCAGGAAUAUGACCGCAGAAAGAAAGAGAUGGUGAAAGCUGAAGAGGACACACAGUUCAACUAUCACCGUAAGAAGAACAUCGCAGCGGAGCGCAAAGAAGCCAAACAGGAGAAAGAGGAGGCUGAGAGGUACCAGAGACUGAAGGAUGAGGUGGUCAGGGCUCAUGUUCAGCUACAGCUCUUUAAACUCUACCACAAUGAGGAGGAGAUCGAGAAGCUGAACAGAGAGUUGUCUCAACGCAACCGUGAGAUUGAGAAGGACAGGAAGAAGAUGGAUCAUGUAGAAGAAGAGCUCAAGGAAAAGAAGAAAGAGCUGGGAAGAAUGAUGAGGGAUCAGCAGAAUGUGGAGAAGGAGAUAAAAGAGAAAGAUGCUGAGCUGAACCAGAAACGGCCACAGUAUAUCAAGGCCAAGGAGAACACUGCCCAUAAAAUUAAGAAGCUGGAGGUGGCUCGAAAAUCCUUGCAGAACGCCCAGAAGAUGUACAAGAAGCGCAAGGCAGACAUAGAGGAACUGGAUCAUGAGCAAGGUGCUGUGGAGAUGGCGAGGCAGGAGUUUGAGGAGCGGAUGGAAGAGGAGGCACAGAGUCAAGGCCAAGAUUUGACACUGGAGGAGAACCAGGUGAAGCAGUAUCACAGGCUAAAGGAGGAGGCCAGUAAGCGGGCAGCUACUUUGGCACAGGAGCUAGAGAAGUUUAACCGGGACCAGAAGGCUGACCAGGACCGACUGGAUUUGGAGGAGAGGAAGAAAAUUGAGACUGAGGCCAAAAUCAAACAGAAGAUUCGUGAGAUUGAGGAAAACCAAAAGCGCAUUGAAAAGCUGGAGGACUAUAUUGCAACUAGCAGACAGUCUCUGGAUGAACAGAGGCGUAUGGAAGAGGAACUUACUGAGGAAGUGGAGCUGGCCAAAAGAAGGAUUGAUGAGAUAAACAUGGAGUUAAAUCAAGUGAUGGAGCAACUUGGAGAUGCUCGCAUUGACAGGCAGGAGAACAGCCGGCAGCAGCGCAAAGCUGAAAUUAUGGAGAGCAUUAAACGGCUUUACCCUGGCUCAGUAUAUGGCAGACUGAUCGACUUAUGCCAGCCCACCCAGAAGAAGUACCAAAUUGCAGUGACCAAAGUCCUGGGAAAAAACAUGGACGCCAUUAUUGUGGACUCUGAGAAAACCGGCAGAGAUUGCAUCCAGUACAUUAAAGAGCAAAGAGGAGAACCAGAGACCUUUCUACCUCUUGACUAUUUGGAGGUGAAACCCACAGAUGAGAAACUGAGAGAGCUUAGGGGGGCAAAACUAGUGAUCGAUGUGAUCCGCUAUGAGCCGCCACACAUAAAGAAAGCCCUUCAGUAUGCCUGCGGCAAUGCUUUAGUGUGUGAGAAUGUGGAGGACGCUCGCAGGAUCGCCUUUGGAGGACCAUACCGGCAUAAGACCGUGGCUUUGGAUGGAACUCUCUUCCAAAAGUCAGGUGUGAUCUCUGGUGGAGCUAGUGACCUGAAAGCGAAGGCUCGACGGUGGGAUGAGAAAGCUGUGGACAAACUUAAGGAAAAGAAAGAGAAACUAACAGAGGAAUUGAAGGAACAAAUGAAAGCAAAGAGAAAGGAGGCAGAGCUCAGGCAGGUCCAAUCUCAGGCUCACGGGCUGCAGAUGAGGCUGAAAUAUUCUCAGAGUGAUCUGGAACAGACAAAAACCCGCCACCUCUCACUGAACAUGCAGGAGAAAUCAAAGUUGGAGAGUGAACUGGCAAAUUUUGGCCCACGGAUAAAUGACAUCAAACGAAUCAUCCAAUCACGAGAGAGGGACAUCACAGAGUUAAGAGACCGCAUGAAUCUGGUGGAGGAUGAGGUCUUUGUUGAAUUCUGCCAAGAGAUUGGUGUGCGAAAUAUCAGAGAGUUUGAAGAAGAAAAAGUAAAGAGGCAAAAUGAGAUUGCCAAAAAACGACUGGAGUUUGAGACACAGAAGACCCGUCUAGCCAUCCAGCUUGAUUAUGAGAAGAACCAGUUGAAGGAGGAUCAGGAGAAAGUGAUGAUGUGGGAGCAGACUGUAAAAAAGGAUGAGAAUGAGAUUGAAAGACUUAAAAAGGAGGAACACAGGCACAUGAAGAUCAUUGAUGAGACAAUGGCACAGUUACAAGACCUGAAGAACCAGCACCUCACUAAGAAGGGAGAGGUAAAUGACAAGAACCGAGAGAUGGAGGAGAUCCGCAAGAAACUAGGAUCUGCCAACAAAGAGCUGACCCAGCUGCAGAAGGAAGUAACUGCCAUUGAAACUAAACUGGAACAGAAACGCAGUGACAGACACAACUUGUUGCAAGCCUGCAAGAUGCAGGACAUCAAACUGCCCCUCAAAUCAGGGACAAUGGAUGACAUCAGCCAGGGCGAGGGAAGUUCACAAGUUGAGGAUUCCAUCAACAGUCCGAAGGCAUCAAGCUCUGUACAUGCUAAAGAGGCCCUCAUAGAGAUUGACUACAGCAACUUGAAUGAGGACCUCAAGGAUGCUUUGUCAGAAGAAGAGAUCAAGGCAGAGAUGAACACCCUACAGCAGAGGCUGAACGAGCAGCAGAGCAUCCUGCAGAGAAUCAGUGCUCCCAACAUGAAGGCCAUGGAGAAACUCGAGAGUGUUAGAGACAAGUUCCAGGAGACCAGCGAUGAGUUUGAAGCUGCCCGGAAAAGAGCAAAGAAAGCAAAACAGGCCUUUGAGCAGAUCAAGAAAGAGCGGUUUGACCGCUUCAAUGCUUGUUUCGAGUCUGUUGCCACCAACAUUGAUGAGAUCUACAAAGCACUGUCACGUAACAGCAGUGCACAGGCAUUCCUGGGGCCAGAGAACCCAGAAGAACCAUACUUAGAUGGAAUCAACUACAACUGUGUGGCUCCAGGAAAGAGAUUCAGGCCCAUGGACAACCUGUCUGGAGGAGAGAAAACUGUGGCAGCUUUAGCUCUUCUUUUUGCAAUUCACAGCUACAAGCCUGCACCUUUCUUUGUCCUCGAUGAGAUUGAUGCUGCAUUGGAUAACACCAACAUAGGCAAGGUGGCCAACUACAUAAAGGACCAGUCAGUACAGAAUUUCCAGGCAAUUGUUAUUUCUCUGAAAGAGGAGUUCUACACAAAAGCCGACUCACUCAUAGGAGUUUACCCUGAGCAAGGAGAUUGUGUCAUCAGCAAGGUGCUGACCUUUGAUCUUUCCCAGUAUCCAGAUGCCAAUCCCAAUCCUAACGAUUAGGUUGUGCUGGUCUAAAUUUAUUGGUAGACAGCUAAAAGAAUGAUCAGUAGCAUUUUUUUAAAAAACAUGAUUAUAAUCAUUGAUGUUAACAGAUUUUUUUUUAUUUAAAUUGUUUCUGAUAUGUCUACUGUAUUAUAUUCCACAUAGUGUGCAUGAUUGUAUACGUAUUAAUAUUCUGUGUUCUGUGAAUAUUACAUACAAUUGAACAGCUUUUCAUGUUCUGUCAGCUGGAAAGUCUAGAUAAUAGGUAAUGUUUUGUCUGCACUGUAUCAAAAGCUGCCUAUAUUGUCAAGUGUGCCUUGUGGAUGAUUCGUUCAUUCAGUAGAAUGUGGAAUAACCAGUACAAUUUUUUGUUGUAAUUUUGUCUUCAUGGGAAAAUGUGUUACGUAAACUGUAUUCAAAGUAAAAAUAAGAGCUUACGGCACUUUCCAAAAAUAUGGUAUACUUUGGUGUUCUAUGACAUUUGCGCAGGAUUAGAGGCAUAAUUCUCAUGCUUUUUUCCCCUCCCAAAUUAAAAAAAAAGGCACUUCCCAUUGAUCUCUUUCUUUAAAUAAAACUUAGUUUGGUUUUCAGUGAUUGAUAACCAACAUUUACCAAACGUAUCUUAUUUCCCCCAAAAGAAACCUAUUUCUUCCAGAAAAAAUGUGUGCUUUCUAAAAUCAAAAAUGUACAGAAAACUUGACGUUCUGUGUCUAACUUAUGUAAAAACUUUUUUCUCUCAUAAUUAUGAGCAUGUCCUAUGAUUUGUCACAAUUUUGAUGAUUUUCUUUUCAAAAUUGUUAUUUGCCUUAACAUGUCUAUUAUGUGGAACAUUUUAAAAAUAAAAAUCUGAAAGGGUCCCUAUACUUGGCGGCCAACGGAUUUUCCUUUUUAAAACUAGAAAACCAAAAUCGAGAACCGAGCGUUCACUCGUUUUUUGUUUCAAUAUUGAAAGUGGAAAAAUGAAAAAUAAAAGCUUCUGUUUUGUACCCUGUUAAUGGAAAGUGCCAUAACUCAACUGUCAUUUAAAAUGUUAAAUGGAACAAAAAUAAACACGAAAACAAGACAA